UGCUAGCGCCCUGCCUCUCCCCCCACAGUCACACAGGAGCUUCCAACUUUCCAGCGCGCCACGCACAGCGCGCUGUCGGACCUUACCUUUCUACCGCGGGGACUUUUUUUUUUCCUUUUGUACCUUUUCUGCUCGCUUGUCUUUUUUUUGUGUGUGUUUUUUUGUUUUGUUUUUUUCUUCCACCACUUCUCCCACGAGAUGUCGACUGCGCUCGUGCGAGGAGAGCCUGUAUUCGCCUCGCGCUCUCGGACAAUGAUGAAUUAGAGAAACAUUUCAUGUUCUCGCUCCCCGGCUGCUCACUGACAACUCCGGGGCCAGCGCGCGCGCGCGCUCCGCGCAGGUACACAGACGGCCCCGCCACCGCGCCCCUGAACGCAACACGGGCCGCUGAAGAGCCGCGCAGGGAUUUUCUAUUAUUAUUGAUUUCAGCUUAGAGAAAGAGAGACAGAGAGAGAGUGAUCGAUCUGUUGGGAUUGGCUUUUCCAGUGGCUUGCAGGGUUGGAUCUGAACUUGUAUUACGGAAAGCUGUGAGAUUUAAAGAGAGAGCGUGCCGUUGGAGGUUUGUCCACCAUGAGGCUGGAUGAUAUGUGGACGGUGCUCGUCCUCCUGGUGCUGUCCAGCUUGACUUCGGGGAAUCAAAUCAGCAGCAACGAAGUAGUUGCCGCACCCAGAGUCUUUAUCUCCUUCAAAGAGCUGAGGUCCACUGGUACAGCUCAUCACUUCGCCUACCUGCUGAAUGCGUCCGACUACCGGAUCCUCCGUAUGGAUGAGGACCACGAUCGCAUGUAUGUUGGCAGCAAGGACCACAUCCUGUCCCUUGACCUCCAUGACAUCAACAAGAGUCCACAUAUUAUCCAUUGGCCAGUGUCCGAACGAAGGCGGACAGAAUGCCUCGUGAGUGGGAAGGAUGCCAGCGAGGAGUGUGCAAACUUCAUCCGUCUAAUUGAGCCAUGGAACCGGACUCACCUAUACAUUUGCGGGACAGGAGCCUACAAUCCAGUCUGCACCUUCGUCAACCGGGGGCGUAAACCUCAGACGUCCAUGUAUCUGCAGAUGGCCCUGGCCAGGGGAAGGGCCAGCCGCGCGGCCGACCCCAGCGCGGUGCACGACACACUUGGACUGAAGGAAGAAAUUUUCCACUUGGAGCCGGGAAAAGUGGAAUCUGGGAAGGGGAAGUGCUCCUACGACCCGAAGCUCAACAGCGUGUCAGCUUUGAUUAAUGGAGAGCUGUACGCCGGCGUCUACGUCGACUUCAUGGGAACCGACUCGGCCGUUUUUCGUACUUUGGGGACCAAAACUGCAAUGCGAACAGACCAGUACAACUCCAGAUGGUUGAAUGAUCCCACCUUCAUUCACGUGCACCUCAUCCCGGACAGCGCAGAGAGGAACGACGACAAGCUGUAUUUCUUCUUCAGGGAGAAAUCCUCCGACAUGGGUCAGAGUCCCGUGACCCAGUCCCGCAUUGGACGCAUCUGCCUGAACGACGAUGGAGGUCACUGCUGUCUGGUCAACAAGUGGAGCACCUUCCUGAAGGCCAGGCUCAUCUGCUCGGUGCCCGGCACCGACGGCAUGGAAACACACUUUGACGAGCUCCGAGACGUUUACAUCCAGCCAACACAGGACACAAAGAACCCCGUCAUCUACGGCGUCUUCACCGUCUCCGGGUCCGUGUUCAAAGGCUCUGCCGUUUGCGUUUACUCCAUGGCCGACAUCCGCAUGGUCUUCAAUGGGCCCUUCGCCCACAAAGAGGGUCCCAAUUACCAGUGGGUGGCGUACACGGGGAAGAUCCCGUACCCUCGCCCUGGCACUUGCCCUGGAGGAACAUUUACGCCCAGCAUGAAGUCCACAAAGGACUACCCAGAUGAAGUGAUCAACUUCAUGAGGAAUCACCCUGCUAUGCACAACGCAGUCUACCCAGUGCACAAGCGCCCCCUGGUGGUCCGAACCAACGUGGACUAUGAGUUCACCACCAUCUCAGUGGACCAGGUGACGGCUGCAGACGGCAACUAUGAAGUGCUCUUCUUAGGAACUGACAAGGGAACAGUUCAGAAAGUCAUCGUUCUGCCCAGGGACGACCUGCAGACCGAGGAGCUGGUUCUGGAGGAGGUCGAAGUCUUUAAGGUUCCCACUCCUAUAACGACGAUGAAGAUCUCAUCCAAAAGGCAACAACUGUACGUGUCCUCUGCGGUCGGCCUGACCCAGUUGGCUCUCCACCGGUGUGACGUGUACGGGGAGGCGUGCGCUGACUGCUGCCUGGCCAGAGACCCGUACUGCGCCUGGGACGGCAAGUCCUGCUCCCGGUACUCGGCCUCACAGAAGAGACGUAGCCGGAGGCAGGACGUCCGCUACGGGAAUCCCAUCCGACAGUGCAGAGGCUUCAACUCCAACGCCAAUAAGAACACUCUGGAAAUGGUGCAGUACGGGGUGGAGGGAAGCAGCACCUUCCUGGAGUGCCAGGCCCGAUCUCCGCAUGCCGUCAUUAAAUGGCACCUGCAGAGAGACAACAGUGACCGCAGGAAAGAGAUGCGCUCCGACGGGCGGAUUCUGAAGACCGAACAGGGCCUGCUGCUGCGCUCCCUGCAGCCGUCGGACUCCGGCAUGUACCAGUGUACCGCCACCGAGAAGAACUUCAAGCACACGCUGGUCAAGCUGCAGCUGGUCGUGCUGUCGGGCCGCGCCGUCAACAACGCGCUGGUGGACGGCGGCGGUGGGCUGGUGCCGUCGUCCCUUCACUCGGCCGGCGCCCAGUGGACCCCCAGCGCGGGCCAGUACAAGGACCUGCUGACCAUUCUGAGCCAGCCCGAGAUGAGCCUGAUCAACCAGUACUGCCAGGACUACUGGCAGUUCGGAGACCCGCUGCUGGGAGCGCUCAAGGCGAAAGACCUGAAGGAGCUCAAGGAGCAGAAGAAACCCCGCAACCGUCGGCAUCACAGGGAGCGACAUGAGGUGGAGGAGGAGGAAGAGGAGGAGCAGCAGGGAGUAGAGACAUGAGGAAGCUGACCUUUGUGUUUGAAACACAACCUCCCCCCCCACCCGACCCUCCUCCACCCCCGAGAAAACUGGGAAAGACUCGAUGAGAUGAGAGUAGCAGCUUCAAAGAAAAAGAUGAAAAAAAAUCUGCAAACUGAAUGAAAACGGCUUCCAAACGAAACCCCACACACACACACACACACACACACACACACACACACACACAAACACACACACACACACACACACCUCCCUCAAGCAGUAACAUAUAUGAUACACAGUAUUUAUUGUAGGUUGUAAAUAGUACCAUUCUGUGGAUUUCUUUGUACUUAAAGUAAAAAAAAAAAAAGAAAGAAAAGAAGACAAGCUCUUUGUGUAUAGGUACCACUUUGGGGCGGGAGGGCGGGGAGAAUAUUGUUGUUGUCGUUGAUUUCGAUGUUGCUGUUACUGUCGGUAGGAAAAUCCCCAUUUGUCAGCAUCGUGUGAACUUUGACACCCUGCAAGGAACGCGUUGUUGGAGCGCGAGCUGUUUGGACUCAGAGCGGACUGCGACGAGGAGCUGCUGAGAACAAGGUGACGGGAGAAUUUAUAUUUUUUUUUUACUAUUAUUAUUAUUAUUGUUAUUUGUGGAUACUCCAGAAGAGCCUGUGUUGCAGCCUCCCUGUGGCUACAUGCAGAGAGAGAGACUUCAUGUUGGAAGAGGGACCACUGGACCUUGGUCCCAGUUAUCUGCGGGGGGUCAGAGGUCGGGGAGGGGACACACUGCUGUUCUCAGUGGGAAUCUUUGUGUUUCUUUUCUGUCAUGUCUGUGUAGAUCAGAGGGACUGAUUGUAAAAACGAUGUGGACCGUCGCUGCGUCCCGCGCCAGCUACUAAAUCGGGAUCCAAGAGAUUUAUUUAAAAACAAAAAUAAGUAAAUAAAUGAAUAAAAUGUUUACUUUCAAAAAGUAUGAGACUUCCUUCCACUGUGCGGUGCCUGGCUCAAGUGUUCACACAGGCCUGGAUUAUUUUACAUUCAUGUUACAACUAAAGGCUUCAACGUAUUUUAUUGGGAUUCAGUGUGAUGGGCCAACAUAAAGCAGUGCAUAAUUAUAGAGUGGAUGAAAAAGAUUUUUAUACCAUUUUAUGAAUAUAAAAGUGCGGAGUCCCUUUAUGUCUAUCCUGUUGCAUAAAACUGACUUUUGUUUUUUCAGUGUUACUAAAUAAUCAGCCAAUGGAACCAGAAUUAUUUCCUUACAACAAGCUCCUAUAACUUGUUGAAAAUUGACCUGUGAAUUAGUUUUGUCUUAUUUCAAAUGCGCUAAGAUAUUUACACUAGAAACUAAAACAAAAACACUUGGAAGAAUUUGUGUUUUUGUAGUGAACCAUAUUUUUUUAACUGGUUUUUGGGGGGAACGUUGAAUAUUGACUUACAGGAAAAGUUUCUUGGCUAAAUGCAUGAAACUGAGAUGAAUCUAUGAACGACGAUUUUUGAGUCUUGCAACAGAUUCUAAACUUGAGUGAAGUUUAUUUGUGCAGCACACUUGAGGAACAAGGCAGCUUCACAUCAUAAUUUUUUUUUAUUGUAAUUAGCUGGAUUUCUCCAGGUAAUUUGAUUAAGGACAAAUUCUUAUCUUCAAAAAUACAUUUAAAAAAAUCAUACACCAAGAUAUCGUACAUGCAAAAAACAAAAUAUCAAAAAAUCAGAGAAAGAAAAUAAAAAACAAACCAUAUUCAUAAUGACUAAAUGUACUCUAAUACGCAAAGUCCACAGUUUUCAAAAGCAAUUAUAUUGAUCAUUUAUUAUUGUUUUUACUGAGUUGAUGAAGUUUGGCUUAUUGAGCUUCAGUGGCUUUUGCAAGCGGUUGCAGCAAAAUGAAAUGAUGUUUUGCCUAAUUAUGUACAUAAUACAGUAAACAAUUAUGAAAUUAUGGUCUGUGAGGUCAGUACAAUAAACACUGAUCUUUACUGUAGUCCAUUUAACCAUUUAGUUUAGGUUAUGGUUAACGUUUUGCUGGAAAGUGAACCUUCACUUCAGCUCCAUCUAUUCUGAAAACAUUUUCUUGCUAUGCAUUUUAUUAAAUCAGAGAAUGCGUUUCCUUCCACAUUGGUUAUGCACUGCUUUGAUGCCGUCUGCCGCGUAAAAUACCAAUAAAAUACAUAAACGUUUGUCGCUGCAUGGUGACUAAAUGUGCAAAAAUUUAAGCAUUUUGAACACUUUUUCGGGGGACGGUACCCAAGCUGCUGCUCUACGGUCAGACACUCCAGCUGUCCAAAUCGGAAACCAUGACAUCACUUUCUUCAAACCUCUUUUGGGCGCAUUUUGAGGUGUACAAGCUAUAAGGAUUUGCACAUAAGGGCAUUAUUUAGUUUUAAUUUUCAAGGGACAUUGGCAGGGGCCAAAAAAAUAAAACACCAAACAAGCACAAGGUGGGCAAGAUAAACUGGAAGAACAAAAACCGGCUCGCAGUGAAAGUUGUUUCUGUCAGGCAGCAAAUGUUUGCAGUCAGCAGUUCUGAGCACAAAAUAGAUAUAUAUAUAUAUUUUUUUUUUUCCAAUUCAUUUCCUCUUGAGACUUUUCAUGUGUGGAAAAAAUAUCUGAUAUACACACAACAGAGCUUUGUAAGAAAAAAAAAAAGAAAAUAUAGUGACACCAACCAAAUUAGCCGGAAGCUUUCAUUGUGUUCAUGAACCUGAGUUUUCCCUGUGAUCCCCAUAAGGCAGCGCGCGGUCGGGCUUCUUGUCUCUUCCUCAUCUCUGUGGUCUCAAGCUGGAGGGGAAGAAACGCUUUAAAACUUUGGGAUUUUAAAAUGUUUCCGGUAUAAAGUACGGCACAACUUUUCACUGACAUCAGUUCCAGUCAAAUUAUUUGGUAAAUCACUUUAUGAUUAAAGAAUGAAAUUAUUGUUCUGAAGUUCCACUCUUGUGGGCAUGGGUCCAUUUUAAACACCAGGUGAAAGCUUCUGGUGUUUCAGAAGACACUGGUCUUCUUGUUUGCUUUCCAAACAUCACUGGAUAGCAACAAUGAAAAAAGACAGUCAGCUGUGUAAUUAUUUUGGAUAUAAAAACAAAGACAUAAUUCUGAACAACCCCAUCCAUCAUGCUGCUUUUGUAGGAAUGCACCGAUUGCAGUUUUGUGGACGAUCACCGAUUUUUAAAACACCUUGACCUGCUGAUUAAGAUUGAAAGUUGAAAAGUCACUAAGUGUAGAAUGAAAGUUGCUGAGUUGCCAACAGUGGGGUAACGGCGCGCACGCAAGCGUGACUUGUGGGUGGCGGGUCUGUCAGUCAGUGAUGUGACAGAACGGGACAGAAGCUGAUUUUUAGGCCUUUGCAGAAGCAGAGGAGAACUUUAGAUAAGAUCGGGUUGCCAUGAAAGAGAUUCCCGAUUGGAAUCGGAGCCGAUUUAUCUUCUUUGGAAUUGGGAAACUGUAUCAGAUUUCAUAUCGGAACUAGUUUUCAAAAAGACAAAAAGUAAUAAUGAUCAUCUUAAAUGAUAUUAAAGCAACUCGAAACAAAAACAUUCACACAAUACUACAUUAGUGGAUAGUAAAUAUCUCCACUUUCACAGGAGGGUUUUGUUCAGUUUGCCUCCUGUCCAUGCUGCGCUACAUCAGGUGGACUGAUACGGCGGCUAGCGGCGUAGCUCAGAAACACCAACACAUUGUUGUGACCAGAACAUUCUCUGUUUGACAACAAGCAAGGUUCUUGUUACUGAUGCAGCUUUGCAGAACCUCUCUUCAAAAUGUUUAAUCUGUGUCUUCGGGCUAAUCCUGUUUUAAAACAAACAAUUGCAAAAAACUAAGAGUAAGCAUGUCUGCUAGUAAAAUAAACAGCCUAUCACAGGUGAGAUAACAGAAGCUACAUCCCAGUGUUGCUUUAUAAACGGCUGAACCAAGGACAACUUUUCAGCCAAAACUAUUUUGCAUUUGCAUUUUUUUAAUGUGAUAUAGUUGAACAUUUUCUUUCGAGUUCCCGUUCUGACAGAAUUUUACUGUGAAAUUAUGUUUUUACGUGAUUCUAUUGUCUCAAUCAUACUAGCCCAUGCCUGCACUUCAGAGAACCAUGCUACCGAAAAGUUGCUUUAGCCGAUCUACCCGAAGUUAAAUUCUUGUCGUUUUUAUGUGCAAGAUUAUUCUGCAGAAUAUAAAAAUAAUUUAGAAGAAGCUAAACACAGACAUUGGAGACGGAAAACGUUUAGAAAGUGUCUUUCCAGGCUUGUUUACAGCCUGAUUGAAAGUCGCCAUGGAUCCAUUGAUAAUUCGUCCACAACGUUUGUAUCUGCUUUCACUGUGGUAUUUGUCUUCAUCACCAGAAUCAAAUAAAAUCCUAAAAGUCCAACUGAAACCAGAGUCCUUCCUAAGAUUAAGUCCUCAUCAUCAAAAAGCACAACAGUUGUAAAAUUUUUUACAAAAAUUUAGUUUGUAUUUUUUUUUUUAAAUCUUAUGUUUUUGGUUGUUUCAUUUUUUGUCACUCUUUCUGAUGAGAGAACACAACAUGCACAGAGGUGAUAUUAUGAUUUGUGUAGCGCUUCCUUUUCCAUUGUUGUUGCUGACUAAUAAAUUAAAGCUCUAUAUUUUAUAAGAAUGGUAUGCUCCAACUUGUUCAUUGUGAAUUGCUUGAUGCUGAAUGUUUUUUUUUUUUGUUUUUUUCCUCCAUGUUCUGCCCGGAAACCUCUUGAUCCUUGGAAUAAAGUUGUACUUGUCAAAAUGAUGAUGUAUGCACAUUUGUGUAAAAUAAAAACACUGCAUUUGCAGAUUGCAAUGAAACUUCUGUAAUGAGUGUGUAGUGAAAUAACA